AUGUACUACAUCCAUGUGGAAAAUGUCGAAUGCUUGUUUUGGGACAUCCCUGGUCCUUGGAAAAACCUGACGAAAUUCCGCAUAUGCGUGGGUGGAGAUUACAUGAAUAGUGUGGUAACAAGGAGUAUGAAAAUUGAGAAUUCACCAACUCUAAUUGCAAGUUGGGUUAAGGUGUUGUUUGAAAGAACAUACGAGCUAGAAUUAAUGGGCUGUAAGGGUCUCAAGAAUGUUAGUCAAUCACAUGAACUUGGUUUCAAUAGCUUAGAGAUCCUCCUUAUCAAAGAAUGUGGUGAAAUGGAACAUUUGUUAAGUGUGGAAGAAGGAGAAGAGCCUCUGCAAAAUGUAUUUGAGCAUUUGAAGGAGUUGAAUUUGUAUGACUUGAAGAAUAUAAAGACGAUCUACUGGGCCCCACUUCUAGUUGGUUCCUUCCAAAACCUGAGCAAGCUUAAGGUAUUCUAUUGUAAUAAAUUAAUUAAUAUCAUGCCAUCUGAUCUAUUACAGAGUCUGGAGGAACUCGAUGUAAGUUGGUGCGACGAGUUGGUGGAAGUCUUUCACUUCCAAGGGACCUCAAAAGAAGAUGCUCUGCUGUCAAAAUUAAAGAAACUCGAUUUGUCUGGUCUACCAGAACUGACGAGUAUUUGGAAGGGGUCCGUUCCUCCUCUUGGUAGCCUCCACCAUCUAGAGGAGGUAAGAGUCGUACAUUGCAAGAGACUGAGAUAUCUCCUCUCGCUUGCGCUGGCAGAAAGACUUCAGCAAUUAAAGAACCUUCACAUUUGGGAGUGCGAGAAGAUGGAGACAUUGAUAGGGGUAGAAGAAGAAGAGAUCACAACUGCAUCAUUAUCGUCAUCGUCAGGGUCAAGGCAGUUUGAACUGAUGUGUACUCCUCACUCACUUCCACAUGGAGGAAUGUUCCCUAACCUCCAAACAUUGGACAUCUAUAAUUGUCACGGCCUCCGGAAUCUAUUUACACUGAGUGUUGCCCAAGGUCUCUCGCAACUCGAAAAUCUCGAAGUCAUCUCGUGCGAGGGAAUGGAGGCGAUAAUAGCAAAAGAAGUAGACAAUGAAGUGGCAGAUCAAGGCAUGCUUCCAAGGUUAAGGACUUUAAAAUUAGUGGGGUUAAAACAGCUAACAAGCUUCUACGAAGGAGUUGGGGUACUUUUUGAUUGGCCUUCCUUAGAAUAUCUUCUAUUAGAGAGGUGUCAGAAUUUCAAGAAGAUCCCAAUGGGACCCAAUAGCGCGCCAAACCUAAAGAGAUUCUCAUCAACCAAAGAAUGGUUGGAGGAGGUGGAGUGGGAAGACGAGAGCCUUAAAGCCCGCAUUCAACCCCUUAUUCAUCUGGUAGAAUGAGAGGCUCCUCAAAUGACAACUGCAGUGAAUAUUAGUGUUUGCAAGAAGCUUGGCGGUUGUCCAUCUUUACAGCAUGUGUUUCAGCUCCUCAACUGGAAAGAUUUAGCACCUUGUUUAGUUCUUUGUUUUUUAUUUAUCUUUUUGAUUUCCAUAUGUCCACGGUUUAUUUUGUUUGAACUAUUUAUACACAUUGUCUGUAUAAUAUGGAUUGAAUACACAAGUGACCACAUUCAAGAUGUUUGCUUGAAACAGAUCACAAAACACUCUGUCUAAGAGGUGUGAGAUAUUUGGCUUGGCUUAAUUUAGAUUUCAUGAUGUUUGUUUGAA